GAGACCCCGCUGCGUCAUCGGUUGCGGACAGAUGCAUCGACCAGCACAGCGCUGAGCUCUCAAUUCUCUGAGAGCGUCCUCGUGUCUCUGGCCCGCUGCGGCCGUCAGCGCCGUGGUGGCAUCGCAACUCGAACGUCACCAUGCCGUGGUGAAGAGCUUCUUUCCGCCCGGAGGCUAAUUCUUGGUGCCACGACCCAGCCGCGAAGUCCCCGGACCAGUCCCAGCCUCCAAAAGUAGCGUACACCAUGCCAAGAAGUGGGUACAUACAUGUUCUUGGCUGCGGUCAUACACUUUCCCGAGCCUUCUCCAGCAUGUGGUUAAAUGGGUCGAGUUCCCCCCGCCCAUCGAUUGCUUGUCUUCCUUAGAAAUCCUUUGUAUUCAGUUUCCCACCACUCGCUAUGGGAAAGAAGGCUCAGACUCUAGAUGGUCAUGUAUCCGGCCAAGCCAACACACCUCUCUCUCGCCCCUCCCACGCCCUCACCUUCGAACAAGUCCUUGAGGAGAUAGGUUGCAACUCCGAGAACGGACUGUCGGCAUCCGAGGCCACCAAACGACAUGAACAGUACGGAAAUAACGAUCUGGGAGAAGAUGGCGGAGUGCAGCCGGCCAAGAUCUUGCUCCGGCAAGUAGCUAAUGCAAUGACUUUGGUCCUAAUCUUGGCCAUGGCUGUCAGUUUCGCCAUUCGAUCAUGGAUUGAGGGUGGUGUUGUAACCGCCAUCAUCUUGUUGAACAUCAUUGUGGGUUUCAUCCAGGAGUGGAAGGCCGAGAAGACCAUGGACUCUUUGCGAUCACUCAGUUCCCCAACCGCAACAGCAGUACGGGACGGAAAGACUAUCACUGUCCCAACCAUCGAAGUUGUCCCUGGAGACAUGGUAGAGAUGAAGACAGGUGACACUGUCCCCGCCGACGUUCGCCUUAUCGAGGCGGUCAACUUUGAGACAGACGAAGCACUCCUCACAGGUGAGAGCUUGCCCGUUUCGAAAGAUGCCGAAGCCACGUUCGAUGAUGACACUGGACCUGGCGAUCGACUGAAUGUUGCGUUCAGCUCUUCGACUGUCACCAAGGGCCGCGCACGAGGAAUCGUUUUCGCUACCGGAAUGUACACUGAGAUCGGAAGCAUCGCCAUGUCGCUGCGAGACAAGGGCUCCCGCCGCCGUCCUGUCAAGCGUAAGGAAGACGGCUCUGCUGGACCUCACCGACACGUACAAGCUUGGGGCCUGACUGCUACCGAUGCUGUCGGACAUUUUCUGGGUGUCAACGUUGGAACCCCCCUGCAGAGAAAGCUAUCUCGCCUUGCACUUCUUCUGUUCGGUAUUGCUGUUGUGUGCGCGAUCAUUGUACUGGCAGCCAACAAUUUCGUCAACGACCAGGAAGUUAUCAUCUACGCUGUUGCCACUGGUCUCAGUAUGAUCCCAGCAUCUUUGAUCGUGGUCUUGACGAUUACUAUGGCUGCGGGAACGAAACGCAUGGUCGAGCGCAAUGUUAUUGUUCGUAACUUGAAGUCUUUGGAGGCUUUGGGCGGCGUAACAGAUAUCUGCUCAGACAAAACCGGCACAUUGACCCAAGGCAAAAUGGUUGCUAAGAAAGCUUGGAUUCCUGCCAAGGGUACUUACUCGGUCGGAACGACCGAUUCUCCUCACGAUCCCACCGUCGGAACGCUUAGCUUCACGCCCAAGCCACCUCGUCAGCUGGAUCCUGAGAAGGAUGGAGAUGAGUCGACUUACGAACAACUCCUGGAAAACAACACACACUUGCUGGAAUUUCUGAAGGUUGCAUCACUUGCCAAUCUUGCGCAUGUUCAUCCUAACGAGGAGGAAGGUGGCUGGAACGCCCGAGGUGACCCCACUGAGAUCGCUAUUCAAGUUCUUGCCUCUCGGUUCAAAUGGAACAGGUUGGACCACACAGGAGAUAACAACCCGGAAUGGAAGCAGUUGGCCGAAUUCCCGUUCGACUCAGAUGUCAAGAAGAUGUCAGUCAUUUUCGAGGAAGCCUCAACGUCCCAGAAAUACGUUUUCACCAAGGGUGCUGUCGAGAGAGUGAUCUACUCCUGCACUUCUCUAUUCCAGAGCGAAGACAGUACGACGGAAAUGACUGAUGCUAUUCGUGAUGAGAUUCUCAAGAACAUGGACGCACUGGCAUCACAAGGUCUUCGCGUGUUGGCUCUGGCUAGCCGAUCAUGGGACGGAACGAUCACAAAGGGCGAGGACGUGGAUCGCAGCCAGAUUGAGGAGGGUCUCACUUUCAGAGGUCUCGUUGGCCUGUACGACCCACCCAGACCCGAAACCGCUGGAUCAGUGCGACAAUGCCAGAAAGCUGGUAUCCAAGUCCACAUGCUCACCGGUGAUCAUCCGGGUACUGCUCGGGCUAUUGCUGAGGAAGUUGGCAUUCUACCUUCGAACAUCGCGACUAUCGCCAAGGACGUUGUAGACGCGAUGGUCAUGACUGCAUCCUCGUUCGACAAGCUGUCCGAAGAUGAGAUUGACGCGCUCCCGCUUCUGCCCUUGGUCAUUGCACGUUGCGCACCAAACACAAAGGUUCGCAUGAUUGAUGCUCUGCAUCGCCGCAAAGCUUUCGCUGCAAUGACCGGUGACGGUGUAAACGAUUCUCCAUCAUUGAAACGUGCCGAUGUUGGUAUUGGUAUGGGUACCGGCUCGGACGUGGCCAAGGACGCUUCGGAUAUCGUCCUCACUGACGACAACUUCGCUUCCAUCCUGAACGCCAUCGAAGAAGGACGCCGUAUGUUCGACAACAUCCAAAAGUUCAUCCUCCAUCUUCUCGCUCAGAACAUCGCCCAAGCAUGCAUCCUACUUAUAGGUUUGGUUUUCAAAGAUGAUACUGGACUCUCGGUGUUCCCCCUCUCCCCUGUCGAGGUCAUGUGGAUCAUCAUGGUUACUUCGUCAGUUCCAGAUAUGGGUCUUGGUUUCGAGGUUGCGUCACCGGACAUUCUCUCACGCCCGCCUCAGAGCCUCAAGCGCGGUGUCUUCACUAUCGAAGUGCUGCUCGACAUGCUCGUUUAUGGUCUGUGGAUUGCUGCGCUCUGUCUCGCCUCGUUCACUCUGGUUCUCCACGGCUGGGGGGAUGGCAAUCUCGGUACAGCCUGCAACGACAGCUACAGCGACGACUGCGAGACUGUUUUCCGUGCUCGUGCGACUUGCUUCGCCUGCCUUACUUGGUUCUCACUCUUCCUCGCCUGGCAGAUGAUCGACAUGAGGCGCUCAUUCUUCCGCAUGCAGCCCGGCUCCAAGAAGUACUUCACGCAGUGGUUCCACGAUGUAUGGCGCAAUAAGUUCCUCUUCUGGUCCAUCUUGGCUGGUUUCAUCACCAUCUUCCCGGUUGUCUACAUUCCUGGUCUUAACACUAUCGUGUUCAAGCACAAAGGCAUCAGCUGGGAGUGGGGCGUCGUGUUCGUUGCUACGGUCUUGUUCUUCUUAGGCAUCGAGACUUGGAAGUUUGCGAAGAGACAGUACUUCAAGAGACAGGAACAUGCCAAGGGUAUGCGCAAGGGAAGUAUUGAUUUGGAGAAGAGGACUUUCGAAAGAUACCUCAGCACGGCGAUCAGCACAGAUGACGAGAAGGUCUAGAACGCCCCAGUCUCUGCUUGUCCUGCGAUGAGAAGACUCGAGAAUCACGUUAUUCACGAUUCUCUGGCGAUGUUGGUUUCUGUUUUCGAGCUCGAUAUCACGAUAGCGUUUCAUAUGGUUUUGUAUAUACCAGUUCAUGUAC